UGGUCUGGACAGGGGACACAGCUUCAGGCAGUAUGAGGACUUUUAAGAAUAUGUUUAUCAAUCUCAUUCAAGUUCGACAUAUGAUGUCGAAACCAAAAUUUCUUAUUGAAGAAUCUUCAUAUUCAUUCCUACAAGACCUAGGUUUACAGAAAAUAAACCCAGGAGUUUACAAUGGAAAGUGGACUGCUAGUGGGGAGGUCGUAACUUCAGUUUGUCCAGCAAAUGGGAGACCUAUAGCUGAAGUUCAGCAAGGAAACAUAAAGGACUACAAUGAGUGUGUACUCGAAGCUGAGAACGCCUGGCAAAUAUGGGCUGAUUUACCAGCACCCAAACGUGGAGAAAUUGUACGGCAGAUGGGAGAUGCUCUAAGAGAAAAGCUGAUACCGCUAGGAAAAUUAGUAUCACUUGAAAUGGGGAAGAUACUGCCAGAAGCAAUUGGUGAAGUACAAGAAUACAUAGAUAUAUGUGAUUAUGCCGUUGGUUUGUCACGUAUGUUUGCUGGGAAACUCUUUCCAUCUGAGCGUGAGGGACAUCUUCUGAUUGAAAAAUGGAAUCCAUGGGGUGUUGUUGGAGUAAUUAGUGCAUUCAACUCUCCUGUAGCAGUAUAUGGUUGGAACAGUGCUAUUGCCAUGGUAUGUGGAAACGCUUUGUUGUGGAAGGGGGCUCCAACAACCCCUCUUGUAUCUGUUGCUACUAGCAAGAUCUUAGCAUCAGUAUUAGAAAAAAAUAAUCUUCCUGGUGCCAUUUGUUCUUUGUGCACUGGCGGAACUGACAUUGGACAAGCUAUUGCAAAAGAUACUAGGCUGCCACUGGUAGCAUUUACUGGUAGCACAAAUGCUGGCCAUAAGGUUGCAUUGCAAGUGCAAGAAAGGUUUGGUAAAUUUAUACUAGAACUUGGAGGAAACAACGCUAUUAUUGUAGAUGCAGAUGCUGAUCUUGAAAUGGCUGUCCGCUCUGUAUUAUUUGCAUGUGUAGGCACUGCUGGACAGCGCUGUACGACCACCAGGAGACUGAUUCUCCAUGAGAAGAUCUAUGAACAAGUAUUGCAGCAACUGAAAGAAGCCUAUGCUCAGAUUAUUAAAAAGAUGGGAGACCCUCUGCAGGAAGGUGUUUUGUAUGGACCAGUACACAGCUCCCAGACUGUAACUGCAUUCCAGAAUACCAUUAAAGAAGCACUGGCGGCUGGAGGUACAAUUGAAUUUGGUGGAAAUGUUGUGGAUAGACCAGGAUUUUUUGUUGAACCAACAAUUAUAACGGGACUGCCACAUGAUGCCAGUGUAGUGCAGAAGGAAACAUUUGCACCAAUUGUCUAUGUCCUGAAAACUGCAAAUGUUGAUGAGGCAAUAAAAUGGAAUAAUGAAGUUAAGCAAGGUUUAUCAUCCAGCAUUUUCACAUCAAGCCUGGAAACUGUUUUUUCAAAGUGGCUUGGGCCAAAAGGCUCUGACUGUGGGGUCGUGAAUGUGAACAUCCCAACAAAUGGAGCUGAAAUUGGAGGAGCAUUUGGUGGGGAGAAGCACACUGGUGGUGGCCGUGAAUCUGGUUCUGAUUCCUGGAAACAAUACAUGAGGCGUGCUACUGUGACUAUUAAUCACAGCAAGCAGUUGCCUCUUGCUCAGGGCAUUAAGUUUGAUAUAUGAAAUCUAAUAUGUGUAAAAUAUGUAGUAUAAUGUUCUACAAUAACUCUACAGAUCUCUGAUAAUAUUAAAUAAAACCUUUAAUCAAACAGAAAUGGAUAUAAAUGACCUCCAUUAACAGAUGUUUGAAAAUUUCAUAUUAUGAAUCACAUCCAAAACCUAUGACUAGCCUCUUAUAAAAUGAAAACAGGUUUGUCUUGAUAUGAUAACUUUUGUCUCAUUGAAGGAAAUAUUUCAUUUGAUAAGUACUUUUUUAUAGGUACAAGGUGGGCAAAAUAAAAGUGUCCUGGUAAAUAUUUCAUGCACCUUAAGAUAUACAAUAAUACUCACAUCAUCUACAAUUGGGCUGGACAAUGUAAGAUAGGUUGUCUAUUUUAAGGUGCAUGAAAUAGUUUUCUGGGUGAGUUUUAUUUUUUCUAACGUUACUUUGAAACUGAAACCAGAAAACAUUUUAUAUUAUGUACACUACAGUAGACUGAUAACAGGCAACUAUGUUAAAUUGGAAUGAGUUACUAUGGAAUACAUUCAGAAAAAAAGUUUAAGUGAUUGUCUAAAUUAAAAUUGUAUUAUUACACAAAAUUUAUUACCUAACACACAUAUUAGAUAUGGCUCUAGUUUCUAGUUUUAAUUUCUGAUGACUAGAAAAUAUUUAAUUUGUUUAAGGACAAGAAAUGUCAUUCACCUUAAUAAGUACUGAAAAAAUAUAAAUAUAAGAAAUACAAAAUGUAUAAAUUUACAGUCACCUGUAACUUUUGAAGAUACAGCUCUUUGCAAAUUUUCCUAUUAAUUUUACAUAUAUCAUUUAUGGUUAUAAUGUCCUCGCAUUUCUUACAUUUUAUGAAAGAUCUCUCUCUACUGGAUAAAUAGUUGAUCAUAUACUCCCAAAGUUCAAUGUAACUCACAUUUUCUCACAAAACAAACUGCAGAAAACUUCAGCAAUAAAUAACUAUUACUACUUACUGGUAUCUCUUCUUCAUAAUUCAUUCUUUACACUGGCAUUUGAAUUAUUCUUCACCCAUUCAGGAUUUCAACUGAACUGAGGUAGUAGAAAUGAUGGGAAAUAGUUUCAGUCCUACUUGUUUCAUUACCUGUGGGAAGAUGACAAAUAAUGCAAUGAAAUACCACCAUCUGAAAAUAAGUAGUCAGUAGCACAAAUGUUUUGUUUCAAAAUUAAUUGUUUUGCAUUGGCUUCUUAGUGGAGAAUAAAUUUGUAUUAUAUAGUAAAAGAUCACAUAAUUUAAUUGUUGAUGCAACUGCCAUUCAAAUACAUCAAUUUAAAAUGAGCUGUUUCCAGUACUGUCUCAAAUGUACAUAUGCAAAAGAACACCAAACAGGAAACCUCCUUCAUAAUUUCCUUGAAUCCAUGGUUUUCUGUGAGUGAUUUCCACUGCCUGGGGCAUAGUGAGUCUUGGCAAUGUUGAUUACCUAUACUUUGACUUUUGUAUCGUCAUAAAUCAUGAAUAUGCUGCUACCAACAACUCAUUGAAAUUAGUCAGCUUCGAACAUGAAACAUAAACUGAACUGACUCACCACAUUUUGCACAAUUUUACAUGAAGAAAUAUGUCC